GCGUCAUCCAACUGUACAUACCGAAAGAAAAAGAGUGAAUGGGAGCAGUGGAGGUCUGAGAGUUUUUCACUUUAUCCUGUUGAAGUCAAACUCAUUACUGUAACCGUUUAGCAAAUACUGUUUCUGGGAGUUCAACCAAGCGACUGAAGAAUUCAGAUGGCGGCUGUUAGCAGUAUGAGCAGAAUAUCUGGGUUAUGUCGUCAUGCUGUUCGGCAAACGGCUGCAUUGAAGUCGCCGAGGCUGCUGCAGCGUCGGUCCUUCAGAGUUACUGCCGUGCAGCAGCAGCAGCAGCCCUUUGACUCGUCUCUGGAAAAGCCCCAGUUUCCCGGCGCCUCAGCAGAGUUCGUGGACCAUCUUGAAUUCAUUCAGCCCAAUGUUAUUGCUGGGAUUCCCGUGUACCGGGUGAUGGACAGGCAGGGCAAGAUAAUUAACCCCUCUGAGGACCCCCAGCUCUCCAAAGAGACGGUUCUAAACUUCUACCAGAAGAUGACGCUGCUGAACACGAUGGACCGGAUUCUCUACGAGUCUCAGAGACAGGGUCGAAUCUCCUUCUACAUGACCAACUACGGAGAGGAGGGGACGCACAUCGGCAGUGCUGCAGCUCUGGAGUCUAAUGAUUUGGUUUUUGGUCAAUACAGAGAAGCUGGAGUGCUGAUGUACCGCGGUUUCCCCCUGGAUCUGUUCAUGGCUCAGUGCUACGCCAACGCCGACGACCUCGGGAAGGGCCGCCAGAUGCCCGUCCACUACGGCUGCAAAGAUCUGCACUUCGUCACCAUCUCGUCUCCUCUGGCCACGCAGAUUCCUCAGGCGGCGGGAGCUGCGUACGCGCUGAAGAGGGAGAACAUGAACCGCGCGGUGAUCUGUUACUUCGGGGAGGGAGCGGCCAGCGAAGGGGACGCACACGCCGGCUUCAACUUCUCAGCGACCCUCGAGUGUCCGCUGAUCUUCUUCUGUCGCAACAACGGCUACGCGAUCUCCACCCCGACCAACGAGCAGUACAGAGGCGACGGCAUCGCUGCUCGAGGGCCUGGUUAUGGCAUGCUGUCCAUCCGUGUCGAUGGGAACGACGUGUUCGCCGUCUACAACGCCACGAAGGAAGCGCGGCGCAGGGCUGUGGCUGAAAACCAGCCUUUCCUUAUCGAGGCGAUGACUUACAGAAUCGGGCACCACAGCACCAGUGACGACAGCUCGGCCUACCGCUCAGUGGACGAGGUGAAUUACUGGGACAAGCAGGACCACCCCAUCUCCCGACUGAGGCACUACAUGACGGCGCGCGGCUGGUGGAGUGAGGACGACGAGCGCAGCUGGAGGAAACAGUCACGCAAGACUGUGAUGGAGGCGUUUGAGAGGGCGGAGAGGCGCCUGAAGCCCAACCCAGAGCUGCUGUUCACCGACGUCUACCAGGAGAUGGUCCCCAGGCUGGCCAAGCAGAGGGAGUCCCUGUUCAGGCACAUCCAGCAGUACAAAGAGCACUACCCCCUCGACCUGUACGAGAAAUAACCGCCACAUGCAGUAGUGUGUGAGGACUGGAAGUAGCUGCACACCACAUGCCGUGUUCGUGUUUUGAUGUGUCAUUGCACAUUCUGCACAUAUGCUUUCAAAACAAAUUAUUUCUAAUGGUUUUUGGUGCCUUGUGGUAGAAAAAAAGCCACAUUUUACAUAAAUGAAAUAGUUUCUUUUAGGGCUGGGCGAUAAAUCUUAUUUUUUUUGUUUUAGAAGAUUUAAUUUUUUCUUCCACCAAUGCACAUGUUGCAUUUCUGUAGUUCAGUGUGAUGUCAUCGCGCCCAUCUUGUUGUACAACUUCAAUUUGAAUUCAUGUCAGCUCUACAACAAAAUGUCAGGGCCGGGCUACCAUUUUCUUUUUUUUAAUUACAAGAAUUACUAGAAUUUAAUACAGCAAAAUGUGAGAAUAAGGACAUAAUAUUGCCAGAAUUAAGUUGUAAGAUUAGGAAAAU